CUGAAAAAGAGAUACAUGAAAAAAUUGCCGAAAAAGAAAAGAAAAAAAUGGGAAGCACGUAAAAGUUGAACACCGCGUUGGCUUUUUCUCCUCUAUAUAAAGCCUUUUGCCUCUAAUCUUUCUCCUUCCCUUUCUUCUUCUUCUGCCUUUGUUUGGCCUCUCACCGUCUCACGACUUGUCCUCUGCGUUUUCAUUAGCUAAGCCAUUUGUUUCUUAGAUCAGAUUCUCGAAGAGUGAGUAAAACCAGCGAUAAUCAUCCCUCAUCAUCUACUAAAAAUGGAGAUUGAGCUUUCAAAAUAUGAUUCCCUUUUAUUUGAUCUUGAUGAUACCCUUUAUCCAUUGAGCUCUGCGAUUGCUAAAGAAUGUGGACAAAACAUCAAAGAUUACAUGGUGGAGAAGCUUGGAAUCGACAAGAAUAAGAUCCUGGACUUAUCUAAUUCACUUUACAAGAAUUAUGGAACUACCAUGGCCGGUCUUCGAGCGAUAGGUUAUAACUUCGAUUAUGACGAGUAUCACAGUUUUGUACAUGGGAGACUACCUUAUGAGAACAUCAAACCAGAUCCCAUUUUGAGAAGUCUCUUACUUAGCCUACCUCUUCGGAAGAUCAUCUUCACAAACGCCGAUAAGUUGCACGCAGCUAGAGCCCUAGAGAGGCUAGGGUUAGAGGACUGUUUCGAAGGAAUACUUUGCUUUGAAUCAUUAAAUUCUACUACUAGUAAUCGUGAAAACGUUAGUGAUGAUAAGAAUGAAAUCUUCGACAUCAUCGGCUACUUAUCCGAUCAUGAACAGCCAGUUUCCGCUUUACCUAAGACACCAAUUGUGUGCAAACCAUCUGAAACCGCCAUAGCAAAGGCUCUUGAAAUCGCCAACAUCGACCCUCAAAGAACCUUGUUCUUCGAUGACAGUGUUCGAAACAUUCAGGCCGGUAAACGCGUUGGUUUGGAUACUGUUUUGGUGGGAACUUCACAGAGAGUGAAAUAUGCAGAUUAUGCGUUAGAAAACAUACAUAACCUUAAGGAGGCUUUGCCAGAGCUAUGGGUAUCAGAGGCUAAGCCUGAAAAAGUUAGCUACUCCGCCAAGCUUGCCGUUGAAACACCGGUUAUAGCCUAAUUAAUUAAACUCCGGUUAUUUGAAAGAUUCCACCAGUAAUUUUCUUUGUCAUAAAUAAGUAAUUAAAUAAUCUCUGUUGUAGUUUUUGUAAAUAGCCUUUUUACCUUCUCGCUCAUAUUAUGAGUUUAUUAAUUAAUAAAUAAUAAAAAUAUAAAAUCAGAUUAUCGGA